AUUUUAAGUAAUUGUUGCAUAGGUUACUUACUGCCGUUGUGUGAAACUUCUUCUGGAGGUCUCAUAGUUCUUCUGUUUCCUUCUUUCCUCUCCCUUUGUGGUUUGAUCAUUUUAUCUAAUGGUAUGUUUAGAUGUUUUUCUCUUUAUCUUUUGAGUAUUUCCUAUAGAUUUUUGAUUUUUGCUUUGUGGUUACCACGAGUCUUACAUAUAAUAACUUACAUUUACAAUCAUCUAUUUUAAGUUGAUAAUGAGUUGAGUUUGAACUCAUUCUAGAGCUCUGCACUUUUAUUCCCCUCCACAUUGUGCCUUUGAUGUCACUUUUUACAUUAAGCUUCAUUCUGAGAGUACAAUCAGCUUGAGCCAGACAGAGAGAGGGGGUGAAAAUGUUGCAUCCGGCAGCCUCUGAGCAUCUCCAUAGAUCCCUGAUAUGCACCAAACUAGAAGCCUUCUCCUCAAGCCUAAUUUUCUGGACAAGCAAAUAGGCCUGUUUCACAGAAAGACUGAGGUGUGUUCCAGUCUGUUAUUGGUGCCGUCCCCUGGGGGCGGCAGCCCGCCGAGGACCAUUUCUUUGACUGAUGGUCCUGUGGGACCCAAGAACAUGAGCCCACCCGGGGCUGCAGCUGAAGAAACCAGUGCAGCGGACGUAGAUGAUGAGGACGUCAGACGUGAGGACGUCAGACGUGAGGACGUCAGACGGACGGACGUCGCCCGUGGGAGACAACUGGUGCUGUGGAGAGCAGCAGAGGGCCCUUGCCGGCUGGAGUGGGGCAGAUAGCAUAAAGACGGUACUCCUCGCCUCUGAUCUCAGUGUCCUAGCCGGUCACCAGAUGGAUGAUAAAUUAAAUGCCUGGGCUUGCCAGGCGGGGCUCUCAGUAAAGAACCGGCCUGCCAGUGCAGGAGAAAGUGAUGAUUCUGACAUUUGGGAUGAUACAGCAUUGAUAAAAGCAUAUGAUAAAGCUGUGGCUUCAUUUAAGCACGCUCUGAAGAACGGUGACAUUUCCGAAGCCUCAGAAAAACCCAAAGGCACACCUAAAAGAAAAUCUGCUAAGAAGAAUAAAAGCCAAAGAAAGAACACCACAACUCCUUCACAGCAGUGGAAAGUUGGUGACGAAUGUUGUGCCAUUUGGUCAGAAGACGGAUGCAUUUACCCAGCUACUAUCGCUUCAAUUGAUUUUAAGAGAGAAACCUGUGUUGUGGUUUACACUGGAUACGGAAAUAGAGAGGAGCAAAAUCUGUCUGAUCUACUUUCCCCAACCUCUGAAGUAGCUAAUAUAGAGCAAAAUGCUCAGGAGAAUGAAAAUGAAAGUCAAAUUUCAACAGAUGAAAGUGAGAACUCCUCCAGGUCUCCUCCAAAUAAACCAAAUAAUAUUAGGUCGAGAGCUGCUCCAUGGAAUUCUUUUCUGCCUCCACCACCCCAUAUGCCAGGAUCAGGCCUGGGACCAGGAAAGUCAGGUCUAAAAUUCAGUGGCCCGCCGCCGCCGCCGCCGCCACCACCACCGCAUUUCCUGUCAUGCUGGCUGCCUCCAUUUCCUUCUGGACCACCAAUGAUUCCGCCACCACCUCCCAUAUGUCCGGAUGCUCUGGAUGAUGCUGAUGCUUUGGGAAGUAUGUUAAUCUCUUGGUACAUGAGUGGUUAUCAUACUGGUUAUUACAUGGGUUUCAAACAAAGUCGAAAAGAAGGAAGGCACUCACAUUUCAAUUAAGGAGUUUUUUAUCUUUCAGAUUCAGAUGCAGCUCUCUCCCAAGGAGAUGGUAUUUUAAUGUGCCCUGGUUGAAGUGAACAAAUGUUUCAUCAUUUUCUUCAUGCACAGUUGGAUGGGUGCAUGUCAUCUGCAUUUCCCCUUGUUGCAUGUGAUUCAUGCUUAAAUAAACAGAUAUUUUAAGGGAAUAAUCAGUUUGAAUAACUGAACAACGGAAAUAUGAUUAAAAGAAAUUCAAAGUCACAUACAGUGCAGAAAGUCAAUCUGUCAAAAUUGUAACUGAGCCCAUUUGUAUAUUGUAAUUUUCUUAGUAAGUAUGUUAAGCUUUUUAUUAAUGCCUUUAAAAAUAAAUAACUUUUUAAAAAAAGA